UUGGCCUUGGCAGUAGUAACCCGCGCCGACUGACUGAGUCACUGUGUGUAUGAACGAGCCAUUAUCAUCAACAUGUGCGCUCUUCAUUCCUCGCAAUUUCUUGAGAUUUCUUGAAAAACAGCAACGGAGAUUGAAUCGCGACCGAGAUCACCAAGGUGCGCGACUGCUUGGGGACUCCGUGUCUCUUGAGAUCGGAACUGCCGCGACAACGAUCGAACCAGAUCAAACGCGGAUUUGUCAUUCUCCGUCAAAUUUUCGAUCUUGUGGGGUUUCUUGAUUCAGAUCCGAAAAAUUUUUUUCACAUCCAGAGGCGAUGUGGUCCGCCGUACGAUUUUUCUGCUUCUUCGUUGUUGUUUUCUCACUUCUCAUCCCCGACGCGCUGGCCAAGUAUCAAGAUGGUGAGACUGUCACUCUGUGGGUAAACAAGGUUGGGCCAUACAAUAAUCCACAAGAAACGUACAACUAUUACAGCCUCCCAUUUUGCCAUCCAGGCGGUAAUGCAGCUCACAAGUGGGGUGGGCUUGGUGAGGUGCUUGGAGGAAAUGAGCUUAUUGACAGCCAAAUUGAAAUAAAAUUUAAAAGAGAUGUGGAGAAGACCAAGGUAUGUGAAAUUGAACUAGAAGCAGAUAAGGUUAAGCAGUUUAAGGAUGCAAUUGAAAACUCCUACUGGUUUGAAUUUUUUAUGGAUGAUUUGCCAUUGUGGGGUUUUAUUGGUGAGACAAUUCCUGAUAAAUCGAGUGAUAAAAAGCAUGUGCUUUGGACUCACAAGAAUCUUGUCAUUAAGUACAAUGGAAACCAGAUUAUCCAUGUUAAUCUUACACAAGAAAUCCCCAAGCCAGUAGAAGAGGGGCGAUCGUUAGAUAUGACUUACUCUGUUAAAUGGAUUGAGACUAACAUUACAUUUGCACGUCGCUUUGAUGUUUAUCUCGAUUACCCUUUUUUCGAGCAUCAGAUUCACUGGUUCUCUGUGUUUAAUUCUUUCAUGAUGGUAAUCUUCCUUACUGGUUUGGUGUCCAUGAUAUUGAUGCGGACCCUUCGCAAUGACUAUGCUAAGUAUGCUCGAGAAGAUGAUGAUCUGGAAACUCUGGAAAGGGAUGUUAGCGAGGAAUCUGGUUGGAAGCUUGUCCAUGGGGAUGUGUUUCGGCCUCCCCAGAAUCUUGCUCUAAUUUCAGCAGUUGUUGGCACUGGUGCUCAGCUUGCAACACUUGCUCUACUUGUCAUCAUUUUAGCUAUUGUUGGAAUGUUAUACAUUGGGCGAGGAGCAAUUGUCACGACCUUCAUUGUAUGUUAUGCUUUUACUUCAUUCAUUGCUGGAUAUGUGAGCGGUGGCAUGUAUUCCCGCAAUGGAGGUAAGAACUGGAUAAAGUCAAUGAUCUUGACUGCUUCACUCUUCCCUUUCAUGUGCUUUGGUAUUGGUUUUGUCUUGAACACAAUCGCCAUCUUCUAUGGUUCUCUGGCUGCCAUCCCCUUUGGUACAAUGGUGGUCGUCUUUAUCAUUUGGGCCUUUAUUUCUUUCCCGUUGGCACUUCUUGGCACUGUCAUUGGAAGAAACUGGAGCGGCCGACCAAACAAUCCCUGCAGAGUAAAGACAAUCCCCCGUCCUAUUCCUGAGAAGAAAUGGUAUCUAACACCAUCAAUCAUCUCUCUCAUGGGAGGCCUCCUUCCUUUCGGCAGCAUUUUCAUUGAAAUGUAUUUUGUAUUCUCCUCCUUCUGGAAUUACAAGGUAUACUAUGUAUACGGCUUCAUGUUGCUCGUGUUUGUGAUUCUGAUCAUUGUCACUGUGUGUGUGACCAUCGUCGGAACCUACUUCCUGCUGAAUGCUGAGAACUAUCAUUGGCAAUGGACCUCAUUCUUCUCGGCUGCCUCCACUGCUCUCUACGUCUACCUCUAUUCUAUAUACUACUAUCAUGCCAAGACCAAGAUGUCUGGAUUCUUCCAGACCUGCUUUUAUUUCGGAUACACUUUGAUGUUCUGCCUCGGUUUGGGAAUACUCUGCGGUGCUGUUGGCUAUCUUGGCUCCAAUCUUUUUGUUAGAAGGAUUUACCAAAACAUCAAGUGUGACUGAUUAAUCUUUGGCGGAGCACAUCAUCAUCAUCGUCGUCGUCUUAGUUGUCUUCCUCAGAUAUCCUAUCCUGUCCAUGGGGGAAAUGAAUCGAUUGAUGUUGGCUCGAAUCUUUGAAUGUUAACUAGAAGCAUUAAAAUGUUUUCAUACAUUACACUACCAUUUUGCAACUACCCUGAAAGAUUUUGCAUCGGAUUCUCUGUAGUCUGUAAGUUUUGCUACACAGGAUUUUUACUA